AUGAAUUAAGUUGAACCUUUUGGAAUUAAAGUAAUACCUAUAAAAUGGGUUUUAAAAUUCGACCCACCUAUAAUUGGACUUGUAUAUAAACAACAUUAGAAAGAGAAGAAAAAACAUCUUUAUCAAAUAUCAUUGAACAAUUUGAUUUUUCUAACAAAUCCAGAAGAUAUUGUGAAUUAAAUAAUCUAUGAACAUCCUGUUUAUUUAAAUAGGAAGUUUAUUAAAUAUGAGCAAGUAUUCGGAUUAAUUGUUAUAAACUUAGUUGAUUGGAUUAGUACGUAAAUUGUUGGAUUACAAAAGUAGGAAACUUUAAGAAAUGGUUGAAUUUAUGGAAGAUCAAUUAGUUGAAUAUGAUGAUGCUGAUUCAGAACAAGAAGAAAAAUAUGCAUCCAAUCAGAACUACUCUUUUUGA